UUAUGGUUUACCAAAGUCUUUGUAUCAUCCAAAAUGAAAACGAAAAGAGAAAGACAACAGUGACACGAGCUACAAGGAUCUAGCACGUGUAUCCGCAGACCCGAAGAGCAAGCAGAGUACGGCAACGAUGGCAACGGCGACGGAGCUAUGUUUCCUCCCAAACUACCACCGUCGUUUUAUGAGUCCACCGUCAUCUUCACCAAAAUCAUGGCGCUCUUCUCCGGUGAAGUUAGCGAUCAAAAACCAAAUCCAAACUCAGAAGAAGCGACGUCCGGAGAACGUUGAUGGAGAGUUCUUCGUUGAUCAUACAUGCAUUGAUUGUGAUACAUGUCGUUGGAUGGCUCCAGAAGUAUUCACCCGUGUUGAUGGGAUGUCUGCUGUUUCAAAGCAGCCAAGUUGUCAAGAUGAACGCCUUAAGGCUCUUCAGGCAUUACUUUCAUGUCCAACAAGCUCAAUAUCUACUGAAAAACCCGCUCAUGAUAUUUUAGAAGUUCAAAAAACGUUUCCAAUACCCAUUGACAUGGAGAGAAUUCCAGGGGUGUAUCAUUGUGGUUAUCACUCUGAUAAAACAUAUGGAGCAACAUCCUAUUUCAUUGUUCACCCGCAAGGGAACAUUCUUAUCGACAGUCCUAGAUACACAGAAAGGCUUGCUGAAAACAUUGAAAAAUUGGGUGGAGCUCAAUAUAUGUUUCUCACUCACAAGGAUGAUGUGGCAGAUCACAAGAAGUGGUCGGAGAGAUUCGGUUGUAAAAGAAUUCUCCACUCCAAAGAAGUAAAUGUCUCGACAAGAGAUGUUGAGAUGAAGCUGGAUGGAUGUGGGCCAUGGAGUCUUAAUGAUGACAUUCAACUUAUACACACACCAGGACACACAGAAGGGUCAGUCAGCUUGUUUUACAAGCCCUUAAAGGUGCUUUUCACAGGAGAUCAUUUGGCAAUUGGUGAAACUGAGCUAGCAAUUUCUGAGAUAUAUAAUUUUUAUUCAGUGGCUAUACAGUUGGAUAGUGUUGCUAUGUUGCUUGAGCUAGAGUUCGAGUGGAUAUUACCAGGGCAUGGCAGGAGAGUUGCAUACAAGGAUGUUGAAGAGAAGAACUCGAGCCUAAAAGCUUUCUUGAGUGCUAAACAACAUCCCCAUGGGUUUUAGUUUGUGUGCAACUCACUUUGUAAGUUUAAAAAAUAUAGAUUAAACCCAUGUUAUCAAUGUAUGUUGUGUUUAAAAUAAAUGAGCUUAAAAGAAAUUUAUAUUUUAUAUUUU